AUCAUUCCUCGCCAGGAACAGCAAGGAAAACCACAGCUUCACAGAACCAUGGUUGGUGUAUGUGUAGCCACAACGGACUACACUUGUGCACGGAAGUGGACAGAAAUGUUUGCUGCCUUUCCAAUUAUAAAAUUCCACUUCAUUAAUUUGUUAGAAUUUUGUAUUACAUUGCCUUUGUUUUGUUUUUUUGCAUUGUUUUUCUGCACUGUUUUUCCCACUCAGUAAAGUUCUAUUUUUGGAGAAUAAAAUUCUUUAUUAGUUCACAGUACAUAUUGUAGAAUGCAUAUCAGUACUCAAAGCAAACGGUACUUGUUAAUAUCCAGCAAGCACCACGUAAUUCAUAGCUUCAGGAAAACACCUAGUCAUAUUUAUAAAUGAACAGCAAGCAGUACACAAUUCUUAGCAGCACCCAAAGCUCCAGCUCCAAAGACUAAUCCAGCACCGAAUGCUACUGUGGCUGACCGCUAAAGUGCUCUUCCAAAGCCUCCCUCAGCUGCAUAGCCCCACAUGGGCUCUUGUAAUGGCCCUUGUGUCUGGCUGCUCCAGCUCCACCCCGGCGGGAGCUUUUCCCCCUUUGCCUCACAGAUAUUAUGCAGAACACAACAGCUAUAACUGUCGGGAUAUUUUUCUCGUUGACAUCCAGCUAGCAAGUAAACAAUUCCAGAGUGUCUUCAGUCUACCAAAAGCACAUUCAGCCACCAUUCUGCACCUGCUGAGCCAGUAGCUGAAUCUCUCCUUGGAGCUGUCAAGGCGACCAGUGCAGGGCUUCAUGAGCCAGGGGAGAAAGGAGUAGGUUCUCAUUUUGGUGUCGCUGCACUGGAGAGCUGAGGUGAGCAUGGUACACAGAUCCAGGAAUGUGGCCUCCACAUCCACUUCAUCUCAAACCUGUCCAGUCAGUGUUUGUUUCUGGGGCCCAAAAGUAAUGCUCCACCAUCUGCAGCUGCUUUGUGAACACCACCCACAACCUUGAAUUGUUUUUCACUAUGUCCCUUAGCAAGCUCUGCUCGAAGAAAUUGUCAUGUCCCCCAUUCUUGCCGUACUUCUGUGGGUUUCCAAAUAAAAGAGAAUCGAGCAUCCUAUAUUUGCAACAUUCAUGAGAACAGCGCAGAGCUCUGCAGGCUCCAUGCUUCUGAGCGAUGGUGGAUACUGAAAAGUGCUGUACAGAUUUCUGGGAUUUUUUUGUUAAAAAGGCAUGAAAAUUAUGGGAUAUGGAUGGCAUUAGGAAAUUCAGCAAGUUGCAUGCUGGGAACUUGAUCCUUGCAUCCAGAGAUCACUGGGCAAGUCAUUUCUAUCCGCAACAUAUUGUGAAAAUUUCCCAAAAGGCAUUGCAUCAGAUGGCAGCAUGUGACACACUGGGAGACCUACCUGCGGUGCACUACACUUUGCAUCGACGCGCUCUUGCUGAGUACCUGCAGUGCCAAUGCAAGCCAUGUGUGUACACGCCCAAGCAAUAUACAAGUUUUGGUGGCUGUCUGCCAACAUAACUUGCAUCGACCAAAGUGCGCAGUGUAGAUGCGGUCUAAGACUUCUUUAAACACUGAAUGCAGUAACCAUCUCUGAGGGGGACUAUCAUGGUGAAAUAUUGUGCAGCAUAUAACUGCAGUAAUGCAGACACAAAGUUAAAUCGGAAGCAGGGAAUAACUUUUCAUAGGUUUCCCAAGGAUAAUAAGAAAAAACAGCAGUGGGCCCAGGCAGUACAUCGGGCUGACCCUGUGAGUGGCAAACUCUGGACACCAUCUGAAUGGGAUAUGAUUUGUUCUCAACAUUUUAAUCCUGGCUGCUUCAAAGAAAUUAAUGGAAAGAAAUUUUUAAAGGAAGGGAGUUGUCCUUCUAUAUUUUCCUUUCCUGACAAUUUUCAGAGAAUAGAUAAUUCUCUACGGAGAUCAGCGAAGAACUCCAAAUGUGCUGGAAUAUUUCAAGAAAAUCCUCCUCUCGAGGCAGAUCCCAGUGAGGUGUAUGUUAUACCAGCCACGGUAAAGAAAACAGCGAACAACCCAAAAAGAUUAACAGAAAACUUCAGCUGUGUUCAUGAGGUAGACACCAGUGGGGUGUGUAAUACACAGGACACAGUAAUGACAGACCACCAUUACCAUAUCACAGACAGUCCAAAAACUCUGAAGAGGAAAUUGGAUGAACUUUUAGCAGAGAAUCACAAGCUCAGAAGAAAAUUAAGAAAUGCUUCUGAUCAAGAAGAGAGACUCCAUAAAAAUGUGGAAAUCUUGUUGGACAAGCUGCACCCUAAAGACAUGUUGUCAAGGGAAAUAAUGUGAUUGCUAGAUCUGUGCAAAGGGCAUGGGCUGAAUGACAGGUCUUCUCUCCCACUGCACUCAGCUGUUGGAUAAGAAAUGUUCACUAAUGUUUAUUGCUAUACAUGUCAUUUUUGAACAUAUUUAUUAAAUAAAAAGAUGUAAACAUUACUGAAGUUUUCAUAUAAAAAGCUAGAAACUUCAAAAUUAAGAUUGGCACUUGUGUUGUUCAGGGAGUAAAUGUCAGCCUUUUCCUUUAAUUCCCUGUCUCUUCUUCUUUUGUCCCACAUGGUUAUUUUUUAGCUAUAUAGUUUCGUGGAGGGGGGAUGGGAGUUUUACUG